AUGAAUAUCAUCCAGGGGAUUCUCUCCUCUGUGAAACCACUGCCAGACAGUGAUUUCUCUGAUCGACUCUCGUAUGUCUAUUCAACACUUGGAUUGAUCAUUGGAUCGGCUUUUGUUUCGGGAUGGAGUUUCGUCGGAAGUCCAAUCCAGUGCUGGUUUCCAGCCUACUACAAAGGGUGGUGGAUGGAGUACGCGUUAGAUUACUGCUAUGUACAGAAUACUUAUUUUCUUCCGUUCACGGAUAUAAAACCAUCAAAUGACUGGGAUUUCGCCAAUCACAUCGUCCCGUAUCCAAAGAAUUUGACCGAUCGAGAAGAUAAACAGCUUGGGUAUUAUCAGUGGGUUCCGUUCAUUUUGGCCCUUCAAGCCUUUCUUUUCUAUUUGCCGAUCUUGAUUUGGAGAACCGUUUAUGAGGGAUCAGGUUUCAAAGUGGCGACAAUCUGCCAAACUUGCUCGAUUGCCGGAAAUAUGGAAGAAGCCGAUCGAGCAAAGAAUAUGAGAAUUAUUUCGGGAUUUCUCGUUUAUGAACACUCUGUAUCAAAUGCUAUUGGCGGAAGAGUGAGACGAGCCACGUCUGGAAGCUACAUUGUUGGAACUUACAUUAUCACAAAGGUUCUCUUUUUCUGCAAUGCACUUCUCCAAUUCGUUCUUCUCAAAGGUUUUCUUGGAGUCGAUUCGUUCCUUUGGGGAUGGCAGGUGUUCACCGAUUUAUUGGGAGGAAUCGAAUGGCCAGAGUCUGGGAAUUUCCCGAGAGUAACUUUCUGUGAUUUCGAAGUUCGUGUCCUCGGCAAUCUCCAUCGUCAUUCUGUUCAAUGUGUUCUCAUGAUCAAUAUGUUUAACGAAAAAAUCUUUGUUUUUUUGUGGUUUUGGGUAUUCGUUGUGCUGGCUUUUAGCUUCUAUUCAAUGAUCUUUUGGUUAGCGACCGGAUUUUCAACAAAUGUUGGAAAGAAUGCUGUCAAAAAGUACAUUCAAAAGAUUGAUCCAUCAGUGAAAGAAAAUACCUACAAGAAAUCCCUUCUUCAAUCAUUUGUUGUCGAAAAAUUACGAGCUGAUGGAGUGUUUUUGAUCAGAUUAAUUUCAUCGAAUUCUGGAGAAAUGGUCACUUACUCGUUGCUAAAAACGCUAUGGGAAGAAUAUGUGAAGGAAAAAGGUGCUCAACCGCCGCCCUACAGUAAACCUCUACUUCUUGCAAAGAAAGACGUCGAGGAGAGCGACUUU